GGGGCGGGGCCGGGCAGCCGGGCCGCCUUCGCCGUCGCCUUCGCCGCCACCUGCAGGCCUCCUGCAGAUCCCACACCCUAUGGACCACGGGCUGGUUUCUCUGGUUUGCUCCUCCAGGGCAAUUUGCAUAUUUCUCCGAAGGACCUUCAAGAAGCUGGACAGCCUGUUUUCAGACUUAGAGAGAGGGGAAGCCCAUGGUUGUUUCUUGAAACCCACGGCUGAAAAUGGCUACAAGGGACAGGUCGGGCCGGAGGCUGCCCCCAGCGGCCGAGCCAGGUGUGGAGAGGGAACCACAUCUGCCCACGGGCCGGGAGCUGACCGAGGCCAACCGCUUCGCCUAUGCCGCCCUCUGUGGCAUCUCCCUGUCCCAGCUCUUUCCAGAACCUGAGCAAAGAUCCUUCUGCACGGACUUUGUGGCCAGCCUGGUGAAGUGGCUGGACUUGCCCGAAGCCGUCUUGCCAACCAUGACUGCUUUCGCCAGCGGCCUGGGAGGCGAAGGAGCAGACAUGUUUGCUCCGAUUUUAUUGAAGGACCCCAUCUUGAAGGACGACCCGCUGGUGAUCACUCAGGACCUUCUGAGCUUCUCACUCAAGGAUGGGCGCUAUGAUGCUCGGGCCCGAGUCCUCGUUUGUCACAUGACCUCCCUCCUCCGAGUGCCCUUGGAGGAGCUGGAUCUCCUGGAAGAGACGUUCCUCGAGAGCCUGAAGGAAACCAAAGAGGAGGAAUCUGAAACGGCCGAGGCAUCCCGGAAGAAGAGAGAAAACAGGAGGAAAUGGAAGCGCUAUCUCCUGAUAGGCCUGGCGACUGUGGGAGGCGGGACAGUGAUCGGCGUGACUGGGGGUCUGGCUGCUCCUCUGGUUGCCGCCGGGGCCGCCACGAUCAUUGGCAGCGCCGGGGCGGCGGCCCUGGGCUCAGUGGCUGGCAUAGCCGUCAUGACCUCGCUGUUCGGUGCGGCUGGAGCCGGCCUGACAGGGUACAAGAUGAAGAAGCGUGUCGGGGCCAUUGAAGAGUUCACAUUUCUGCCUCUGACAGAAGGCAGGCAGCUGCACAUCACCGUCGCCAUCACGGGGUGGCUGGCAUCCGGCAAAUACCGCACCUUCAGCGCCCCAUGGGCUGCCCUGGCGCGCAGCCGUGAGCAGUACUGCCUGGCGUGGGAGGCCAAGUACCUGAUGGAGCUCGGCAACGCCCUGGAGACCAUCCUCAGCGGUCUUGCCAACAUGGUGGCCCAGGAGGCCCUGAAGUACACAGUGUUGUCUGGCAUCGUGGCUGCCCUGACCUGGCCAGCCUCACUCCUCAGUGUUGCCAACGUCAUCGACAACCCCUGGGGUGUGUGUCUCCAUCGAUCAGCAGAAGUUGGCAAGCACCUGGCCCACAUCCUGCUCUCCCGGCAGCAGGGCCGGCGGCCUGUCACCUUGAUUGGCUUCAGCCUGGGAGCCAGAGUCAUCUACUUUUGUCUGCAAGAGAUGGCUCAGGAGAAAGAAGGAAAUGAUCUGAAAAAGAAUUUCAUAUAAGAAAAAAAGGAAAGAAAAAUCAGAUCCCAUUAGUGAUGUCACGUUUUUUUAAAUGAUCAAAACUAUACAAGAUCAGGGUCCUGUGGCCCUUUUUUUUUUCCAAGAUGGAAGGGACAACUUCCCUGGUGGCACAGUAGUUAAGAAUCCACCUGCCAAUGCAGGGGACAUGGGUUCAAGCUCUGGUCCGGGAAGAUCCCACAUGCCACAGAGCAACUAAGCCCAUGCGCCACAACUACUGAGCCUGCACUCUAGAGCCCAUGAGCCACAACUACUGAGCCCAUGUGCUGCAACUACUGAAGCCCGAGAGCCAGAGCCUAUGCUCUACAACAAGAGAAGCCACUGCAGUGAGAAACCCGUGCACCACAACGAGGAAUAGCACCUCUUGCCACAACUAGAGAAAGCCUGUGCACAGGAAUGAAGAACCAACACAACCAAAAUAAUAGAUGAAAGAAAGAAAGGAAGAAAGAAAGAAAGAAUCCGACUGCCAAUGCAGGAGACGUGGGUUUGAUCCCUGGUCCAGAAAGAUCCCACAUGCCAUGGAGCAACUAAACCCACAUGUCACAACUACUGAAGCCUAAGCGCCUAGAGCCCGUGCUCCUGCAACGAGAAGCCACCACAAUGAGAAGCCCACAUGCUGCAACGAAGCCCACUCGCCACAACUAGAGAAAGCCCACAUGCAGCAACAAAGACCCAACACAGUCAAAAAAAAAAUUUUUUAAAAAAAGAUGGAAGGGAACCCAGAUGCGGUUGUUUUUGAGAAUUCCCCACAGCACCCCAGAGGUCACUGGGGGGGCCCUGGCAUGUGGCAGACCCAUGUGGAGAAAGUCAUUGGCAGAGAAGACGAAGGGCAAUGACCAGGUUCAUGAUGUGUCUCCAGUUCCCCACCUGGGACCUGGACUCAGGAUAAGGUGCCCCAUGGACACGCACUCACGCUCACGGGGACAUUCAAAGACUCAGGCUGUUGCCAGACCUGGGCCGCUUUGCGAUCUGGGGUUUCACGGUUUGGCAGGGCUGUUCAUGCAAGGAGAUGGUGGAGUUUGUCCUAAAGACAUUACUACCAGCAGCUUUAUCAGUGAUCUCUGCCCUGACUGUUCCUUACCAGCAAUCACUGUGCCAUCUGUUUCAGAAGCGGAAUAAAGAGUCAUAAAGCUUGGGAGGGGGUAAGAAGAAGCAACCUUGGGGAGUCUUAGUUUGUACCUGGAUCCAGUCACAUUAAGUAAAUUACCCAGUUGAAACAUGACCACCUUUUAAAAUAGCUGCUGUUAGAAAGCGAACCUGACAUCGUAGUGCAGAGAACAUCAAAAGUUCGGUGGACUCAGACGUGCUAAACCAAAGCCAAUGCUGUGGACACCAGGUGUUUUUGCUUUUGUUUUUUGGCUGUGUUGGGUCUGCGUUGCUCCACUCAGGCUUUCUCUAGUUGUGGCCAGCGGAUGCUACUCUUCAUUGUGGUGUGCAGGCUUCUCAUUGC